CAUCAAUUAUUAUUGAAACUUGAAACACUAGGUUAUUUUCACUAAUUUUAUUCAUAUUUCAUUGAAUAUAAUACAAGCCGUAGAAGGUCAUUUGUAUGUCUUCUAGGAACGUCAAAUUCUGCAGACCGUGACCAAUGAUAUUGUCACUAUAGCGCGCGGAUUCAAGAGAAAGUGAACAGUGUUCUUAGCACGGUUGUCUUAAAAUAAUCAUGUCAUUUUUACGAGGAUCCACGAAUUAUGUUUGGUGUACUACAAGUGUGCUUGGAAAAGGUGCAACUGGUGCAGUUUAUCAAGGUGUUAAUAAACACAAUGGAGAACCAGUGGCUGUUAAAACUUUCAAUCAGCUAAGUCACAUGCGACCUUUAGAUGUACAAAUGCGUGAGUUUGAAGUGCUAGAGAAGGUUAAGCAUGAAAACAUAGUCAAGCUGUUGGCUAUUGAAGAAGAACACGAGAGUCGUGGAAAAGUCAUUGUUAUGGAGCUAUGUACAGGAGGGAGUUUGUUUACAAUACUUGAUGAUCCAGAAAAUACAUAUGGAUUACAGGAAGAUGAGUUCUUAUUAGUUUUAGAACAUCUUACAGCUGGCAUGAAACAUUUACGUGAUAAUAAUUUAGUUCAUCGAGAUCUAAAACCUGGUAAUAUCAUGAAGUUUCUCAGUGACGAUGGAAAACCAAUUUAUAAACUAACUGAUUUCGGAGCAGCAAGAGAAUUACAUGAAGAUCAAGAGUUCAUGUCAUUAUAUGGAACUGAAGAAUAUUUACAUCCUCACAUGUAUGAGCGGGCAGUCUUGCGAAAACCUGUAGCCAAAACAUUUGGUGCUACUGUUGAUUUAUGGUCAAUUGGUGUUACAUUAUACCAUGUAGCUACUGGUAAUUUACCAUUUAGACCAUAUGGUGGACGACGAAAUAAAGAAACUAUGCAUUAUAUAACAACAGAAAAAGCAUCUGGAGUCUUAUCAGGAGUACAAACAUCUGAAAAAGGUUCUAUAACAUGGAGUAGAGAUUUACCAAAAAAUUGUCAAUUAAGUGAUGGCUGUAAAAAGCUUAUCACACCAAUUUUGGCUGGCCUAUUAGAAUUAGAGCCUCAACGAAUAUGGAGUUUUGAUAAAUUUUUUGCUGAAGUAACUAAAACUUUAGAUAGAAGGUUACUACAUAUUUUUCACACUAAUCGUGUACAAAAUAUACGUGUAUAUUUACAUCCUGAUGAAACAUACGAAAGACUUCAGUGUUUAAUUCAAGAACAAACUGAAAUAUCUCCAGUUAAUCAGAUACUUUUGUACAAAUCUACCUACCUUUUAUGUGAAGUAGGCUUAGACCUUCCUGGUAGAUCUUAUAAACCAACUGAAAUUCAUAAGCCUAUUUUACUUUUCAGCAAAGAAAAUAAUAAUGUUACUUUAAUACCCGAUGGAGACAUACCCAAUUUUCCAAAAUUUCCUGAUAUGUCACUACCAAAACUGACAUCUGUAGAUAGUGAUGCCGGAUUAGCUAAAACAGCGUGUAGUGUCGGACAUGUAUGUAAAAAACGUGUAGAGAAAUUAUCACAGAAUAGUCAACUGAUUAACAAAUGUGUGCAUGUUUUUACAAAAAUUGUUACUGAAAAACUUAAAUCUGUUUUGAGCAAGAGUGAUCAUUUACAAAGUGUAUUUAAGUGUACGAAAUAUUUUGUUGAGAUUUCUAUAAGAGGUCAAAAAAGUGUUAACAACAUGAUUGGAAUAAAAAAUAUUUCUACUGACCUAAAAGAUGAAUUGGAAAAAUUAAGUGAUGAAUUAAAUAAUAGUUUAAGUUUAGCUAUACAACAAUUGUACCAACGAUAUGUCAAAGAAAAAACAUUAACUAGAGAAUGGCAAUCAGCUACUAGAACAUUUAAAUGUCCAAAUAAGAACAGAGCCCCUGCAAGAAUCAAAACACUUGUUGAAAGACUGAGAGAUUCAUGGCAACAUUUAUUAAGAGAUCGUGCCACACGUAGUCUUACAUAUAAUGAUGAGCAAUUUCAUGUGUUAGAAAUAAUUAAGAUAACAGAGACCAGCCGUAGAGCUCGAACUUUACUUGAGACGGAUGUUCAGCCUGUAGUUACUCAGUUAGCUGACUGUAUGGCAGAUUGGUACAAAAUGGCACAGACGGUCUACUUACAGGCACAAAUAUUGGACAAGGAUUUUGAUACAUUUGAGCACCGCCUAUUAGGAUUUAUAGAACGUGCAAAUGAUAUAGAUGCAUCAUUUCAUGAUGGUCUUAUUAAUGUUGCAAAGGUGAAAUUUACAUCAAGUGGUGCCAAACACGCUGGUCGAAUAAGUGCUCAAGAUAUUCAGGCACUUAGAGCCAGUUUAAGAGGUCUACGUGAUAUUGAUGACCUUGUAUCUGAUAUUAAGAGCAAUAAUGAUAUGCUCAAACAUAUAACUGAACCUAGUAAAUGUUGUGACUGAAUAUUAUUUAAAAAAAAAUAUAUUGUAAAUAAUUUAUUUUCACGAUACUUCUGAAACAUUAAUUUGUACAAAUA